AUUAGCGAAUAGUUGACAUGUAUAUAUCAUCGUCUAGCUUCGAUUCACCUGUUGAGAGAACUGUAUAUAUAAGUACACACCUACCACAUGCCUCAGCGGAGAGACUAGACUAAGCAUAAUAAGAAGACAUUCAGUGGCUAUUCACCGUUGUAAGCUCAUUUUCUUAGGUGCACUAUGGCGAGUGCCAAGAAUGCAGACAGCUAUAGACUCAUCGUGAUGGGCGAUGGUGCUGUGGGAAAAUCGUGCAUGACCAUCAUGUUCACAAGGGGGCAAUUUGUAGAUGAUUACGACCCCACAAUCGAAGAUGCCUAUCGAAAGUCAUGCUCGAUUGAUGAAGAAGCUGUAUUACUUGACAUCCUCGAUACGGCUGGUCAAGAAGAAUAUAG